AUGUUCUAUACAGUACUACUGAACAGUCCCGCUUAUUGUCGCCCUUUAUUCUUUACCAUCAUCUCGUCUUCAUGUCGAAAACUUAAUUCGGUAGCUCUGCCGUUGGUCAUAAAGCGACGUUUUAUCUCGAACGCCGAAGUGCUUCUCAACGAGCCGACCGGGCUAUUCGUUCUCUUAUUUUCGGUUCUUACGGAUGGCAGCUGUCUGACUAAUGUUCUGGAUAACCCGACGGUGAUAGAUGCUACCGUUAUUCAUAAACUGGACGCCUUAGUGAUUUGGCCACGAACCCACAAGCUCAUAAUUGGAAGUGAUAUACAACUCACUAAUAAUUGGUACAGAAAUACGGUCGAGCAAAUCUCAACUACAGUCGUUUGGGCUGUCGGAACGUCGACGGGUUUGUUCACUGAACAGAAUCGUGCUCGUGCCCUACAUGGGCGAUAUUUCGACUUUGCAGCGCUUGACAGACGUCGCGACGAGGACGUCGAAGGAACCGUAUCCCUCAAAACUGUCCACCUAGCAACGGUUCGUUCAUCUAAGGUGAAGACGCGUUUCAUUGCUUGGCAUGUUGGCCAGCACCUUGCUUCUGCUCCUCGCUCAGAUGGCACAGAGGGCUCAGCACUGUCAUGUGCUGGUGAGGAGUUGCGCAACGACGUCACGGCAUCUGCGGUGCUCAGUCUCGAAGACGCAUUCUUCUCCACAGCCAUUACCACCCACAAGACUAAUUGCUCAGAGUGGCUUUCUCCAGCCACAACCUCCGCUCAACCUCAAGAGCUGGUUUGCUUCAAAUUUCAGUCGCGCUUCUACGACUUUAUUUUUCCAAUUCGGAACGGCUUAGCAACGUAA